UCCUAAGAAUCAACUACGAAUACCAGCCUGUAUAUAUACUAUUUAAGGCCUGAGCUAUCGCUUGCUUUACUGCGCAUGUACCAAAUCAGUCGUAUCAGAAUUAGUGUUCCAGCUCCGGCAGGCGGCAGGCAUUGCACAAUUGACGUUUAUACCAACUUAUAUCCAGCUGUUAACCUGCCAUCGUGAAUUUAUUUUUGAGUUUUCUGCCUGAUCCAAGUAGUUAUCUCAGUCACGGUCAUCACUACGGAAGAGAUACAUCAGACAUGACGGACUCCAACAAGUCUAUUCCUUUUUAUUAUUCCACGAGUGGCAACAAAGAGGAAGAUGAGAAAUUAUUGGAACCAAUUAGGUACAUUCUUCAAGUUCCCGGAAAACAAAUAAGAGCCAAAUUAGCAAAAGCUUUUAAUUACUGGCUAAAGAUAUCAGAUGAUAAAGUCCAAGAAAUUGAUGAUAUAAUAAAUAUGCUUCACAAUUCGAGCAUCCUUUUUUGGUUAUUGCGAGAAAUAUUACUGAAGUCUUCAUCGAAUCAAAAGGACGCCCUUAUGGAAUUCGUGACAUCCGAGUUUAAAUCCUGGCUGAGCAUUGAUGAUAUUCAAGAUAAUUCCAUUAUGCGAAGAGGCAUUCCUGUUGCACAUUCAGUUUAUGGAAUUGCUAGCUCAUUAAGUGCUGCAAAUUAUGUAUUAUUCAUUGCUUUGGAAAGAGUUAUUAAUUUAAAACAUCCAGCGAUACUACGAGAUUUGUGGUCGCUGUGGCGCACGGCCGAAGGCAGGCCGCUUUCAGGUGGAGAUUGCGUUUUGACGUCUGAUAGAUUCAUGGUUAUUGGAAUCAGAAUGGUACUAUUACGGUGCGAGAAACGGGACGAGGCGAUGUUAGUCGCCUCGAGCGAAGUCGCGUAA